UUUGGCACACGUGGGUACAAGAUAAUAAUAAAAUAAUAAUAAUUUGCAAUCAUGUUAAAAUAAAAUAUCCAUGCUGUAUUUAACAGACUUCAAGUAAAUAUCCCUCCCUAAACAACAACGCUCUGCGAUUGAUUAGUUUAGGCGUGUUCACAGGAUGUGUAGUUGAGUACCGAGCCACAGAGGCGCAGGUUUCUGAUGCUCACUGUAGACGUGGAUUGUUAGCUACUAGACCAGUGAACAGUUUGAUUACAUGAAUGACGGUCAUAGACAUUUCUGAAAGGCAACCAUGCUGGAUUUUGCAAUAUUUGCAGUGACAUUUGUCAUUAUACUGAUCGGUGCCGUCCUGUAUUUGUAUCCGUCAUCUAGAAGUGCCUCUGGUGUGCCUGGACUAAACCCCACAGAAGAGAAAGAUGGGAAUCUGCAAGAUAUAGUGAACAAAGGAAGCCUGCAUGAGUUCCUGGUGGGUCUUCACGAUGAGUUUGGGUCUGUGGCAUCUUUCUGGUUUGGUGGGAGACCAGUGGUGAGUCUGGGUGCUGUGGACCAACUACGACAACACAUCAACCCCAACUGGACCACGGAUUCCUUUGAGACAAUGCUCAAGUCGUUGCUGGGUUACCAGUCAGGUUCAGGAGUGGGAGUGACAGGGUCGAUGAUAAGAAAAAAAGUGUAUGAGGGAGCUAUUAAUAAAACCCUGGAGAACAACUUCCCUCUAUUGCUUCAGCUGGUGGAGGAGCUGGUUGAUAAGUGGGCAUUUUAUCCUAAAUCACAGCACAUGCCUCUUUGUGCUCACCUGCUUGGAUUGGCUAUGAAGGCUGUGACUCAGCUUGCCAUGGGGAGUCGCUUUCGGGAUGAUGCUGAGAUCAUUCAGUUCCGUAAGAGCCAUGAAGCGAUCUGGUCAGAGAUCGGUAAAGGUUAUCUGGAUGGAUCCCUAGAGAAGAGUUCCAGCAGAAAGGCCCAUUAUGAGAGUGCUCUGGCUGAGAUGGAGUCGGUGCUGAAGUCUGUGGCAAAGCAGAACAGUGGACAAGGAUCCAGUCAGUCAUCUUUUGUUAACUAUUUACUACAGGCCAAGCUAACAGAGCGUCAGGUGAUGGAAGAUGGUAUGGUUUUUACUCUAGCUGGCUGUGUGAUCACUGCUAACUUGUGCAUCUGGGCAGUUCACUUCCUCUCAGUCUCAGAAGCAGUGCAGGAACGUCUCUAUCAUGAGCUGGUUGAAGUGCUCGGAGAGGAACCUAUUACCUUGGAGAAGAUUCCACAACUCAGAUACUGCCAGCAGGUGCUGAAUGAAACGGUCCGCACAGCCAAACUGACGCCCAUGGCUGCCAGACUGCAGGAGGUGGAGGGGAAGGUGGACCAACACGUCAUUCCCAAAGAAACAUUGGUUAUCUAUGCCCUGGGUGUCGUCCUUCAAGAUGCAGAUACUUGGUCACUUCCAUACAGGUUUAAUCCUGACAGAUUUGCUGAUGAGUCAGUAAUGAAGAGCUUCUCGCUGCUCGGGUUUUCAGGGAACCAGGCCUGCCCUGAACUAAGAUUUGCAUACACUGUGGCCGCAGUGCUUCUCAGCACGCUGGUGCGCAGGUUGAGACUGCACAGAGUGGAAGGGCAGGUGGUUGAGGCCAGGUACGAGCUGGUGACCACACCCAAAGAUGACACCUGGAUCACAGUCAGCAAGAGGAACUGAAGGACUCAUAGCUCACGUCCCUGAAAUAGCCUCAUGGGAAA